AUGACUGCGGACGUCGACGAGAGUCAGCUCGUUUUCAUCGGAGGAGGCAAUAUGGCUUCGGCCCUCAUCAGAGGAUGCGAAAACAGAAGUGGGCAAAUAUUAGGAGGCCUUCUGAUGUUGAUUGUUAUGAUUUUGUAGAGUUCGCGUCGAAGAGCAGAAUAGCGGUCAGUGUGCAAUCGCAGAAAUCAGCGGACAAGUGGAAGAAACUGGGAUACGAGCACGUGUUCACAGACACCCUCGCGAUGCUCGACAAGUUCCCGACGGCUAUUUACAUUAUCUGUGUGAAGCCUCAAGUUUUCGAAGAAGUCGUCUCCAGUUGGCCAGUCAAUUCCAGGCCUAAGUUUAUCAUUUCGGUCAUGGCCGGAGUCCCUCUCAAUCUGCUCGGCGCUAAAGUUACCAUAAACGUUUGUGUCUUUUGAAAAUGAGAAAACCGUUCAGCUUCCAUUCGUUUCUGGAAACACGACAAUCGUCCGUCUGAUGCCAAAUGUGGCAAGUUCAAUCGGAGCAGGAGCAUCGACAUUGUGCUACGAGAAGAAUGAGAGCAUCGAGAAUCAGGAGUGCUAUAUCCGACACGCGCGCCGAUUCGCAGAAUGCGUUGGAAGUGUGGAGAUCAUUCCGGAAAGAUGCUUCAAUCCGGCGAUGGCUAUAGGAGGAAGCAGCCCCGCGUGGACGUUCAUGUACAUCGAGUCCCUGGCCGACGGAGCAGUUGCUCAGGGAUUGGGAAGAGCCGAAGCGAAACGAUUGGCCGCCCAGGCAGUGAUGGGGGCCGCCAAGAUGCUGCUGGACGCAGAAUCCGGGUUUGAUAUCGAGACGCAGCACUUCGGACUGCUCAAGGACAAGGUGUGCUCGCCUGGCGGAACGACGAUAGAAGGAGUGAGGGCCCUCGAGAAGAACGGCUUCCGAUCUGCCGUCAUUGAGGCCGUCGUCGCUACGUCGAAGAAAGCGGACGAUAUGGCCAAAGCGCUUUCAAAAUAG